AUGGAGCAUAACCUGCAGGCGGUGUACAACCUGGCCAAUGUGGCCUGUAAGUGCCACGGCGUGUCGGGCUCGUGCAGUUUGAAGACAUGCUGGCUGCAGCUGGCUGAUUUCAGACGAGUGGGAGAGUUCCUCAAGGAGAAGUACGACAGUGCAGCGGCCAUGCGCGUCGGGAGGAAGGGCAAGCUGGAACUUGUGGACAAGCGCUUCAACACCCCCACGCCUGAAGACUUGGUGUACAUUGACCAGAGUCCAGACUACUGCCUCCGCAACGAGAGCACAGGCUCCUUGGGCACCACGGGACGCCUCUGCAACAAGACGUCAGAGGGCAUGGACGGCUGCGAGCUCAUGUGCUGCGGCCGAGGCUACGACCAGUUCAAGACCUACAAGCAUGAGCGCUGCCACUGCAAGUUCCACUGGUGCUGCUACGUCAAGUGCAAGCGCUGCACCACGCUGGUGGACCAGUUUGUCUGUAAGUAG